AAAGGCAAGGCGGUACCGGAAGCGAGGAAGGUGCUGUGUAAUUACUGAGAAGUUGAGGCGUUUGGAGUCCCUAAAAUGCCGGAUUACCUCGGUGCAGAUCAGCGUAAAACCAAAGAGGAUGAGAAGGACGACAAGCCCAUCCGAGCACUGGAUGAAGGGGAUAUUGCCUUGCUGAAAACUUAUGGUCAGAGCACUUACUCUAGGCAGAUCAAGCAGGUUGAAGAUGACAUCCAGCAACUUCUCAAGAAAAUUAAUGAGCUCACAGGCAUUAAAGAAUCUGACACUGGCCUGGCCCCCCCAGCACUCUGGGAUUUGGCUGCAGAUAAGCAAACACUCCAGAGUGAACAGCCUUUACAGGUUGCAAGGUGUACAAAGAUAAUCAAUGCUGAUUCAGAGGACCCAAAGUACAUCAUCAACGUGAAGCAGUUUGCCAAGUUUGUGGUGGAUCUCAGUGAUCAAGUGGCACCUACUGACAUUGAAGAAGGAAUGAGAGUUGGCGUGGACAGAAAUAAGUAUCAAAUUCAUAUUCCACUGCCUCCUAAGAUUGACCCAACAGUCACCAUGAUGCAGGUGGAGGAAAAACCUGAUGUCACAUACAGUGAUGUUGGUGGCUGUAAGGAACAGAUUGAAAAACUUCGAGAAGUAGUUGAAACCCCUCUACUUCAUCCAGAGAGGUUUGUUAACCUUGGCAUUGAGCCCCCCAAGGGCGUGCUGCUCUUCGGUCCACCAGGUACAGGGAAGACACUGUGUGCUCGGGCAGUUGCUAAUAGGACUGAUGCUUGCUUCAUUCGUGUUAUUGGCUCUGAACUUGUACAGAAAUACGUUGGUGAGGGUGCCCGAAUGGUUCGUGAGCUCUUUGAAAUGGCCAGAACCAAAAAAGCCUGCCUUAUAUUCUUUGAUGAAAUUGAUGCUAUUGGAGGGGCUCGGUUUGAUGACGGUGCUGGAGGUGACAAUGAAGUGCAGAGAACCAUGUUGGAACUGAUCAAUCAGCUGGAUGGUUUUGAUCCUCGAGGCAAUAUUAAAGUGCUGAUGGCCACUAACAGACCUGAUACUUUGGAUCCAGCACUAAUGAGACCAGGGAGGUUGGAUAGAAAGAUUGAAUUUAGCUUACCAGAUCUAGAGGGUCGGACUCACAUCUUCAAGAUUCAUGCUCGUUCAAUGAGUGUUGAAAGAGAUAUCAGAUUUGAAUUGUUAGCACGACUGUGUCCAAAUAGCACCGGUGCUGAAAUUAGAAGCGUCUGCACAGAAGCUGGUAUGUUUGCGAUCAGAGCACGGCGAAAAAUUGCUACUGAGAAGGAUUUCCUGGAAGCUGUAAAUAAGGUCAUUAAGUCCUAUGCCAAAUUCAGUGCUACUCCCCGCUACAUGACAUACAACUGAGCCCUGAAGGCUGUCAGAUGAAAACAUUUCUUUAAUUGGAAUCCUAACCUUAUGUAGACUCAUUAGCAGUCAUUUCACAUAAAAAUAAAUGGUUUCAAAUUCGUA